ACUAACGUCGACAAAUAUGAAAGUUCUUGCUGUUGUUUUUAUGUGUAUGGCUAGUGUUAUCUGCCAACAGACGACAGUUGAAAGCCUGGUUGACGAUGGACGAUUUAAGACUCUUGUGAACUAUGUCGUAAAAGCCAAUCUUACCGGCACCUUGAACAGCGCCAAUUUUACCAUCUUUGCGCCAACUGACACUGCGUUCCAAAGUCUUGACCCGACUAUCAAAGCUGCGCUCGAUAGCGACAAUGCACUUCUUACAGACGCUUUACUGUAUCACGUCAUUUCUGGAAGAGUACCUAGUUCAGCUGCAUCGAACGAGGCCAAGUUAACCAUGGCUAACGGCAAAGUUGCACGCGUCAACGUCUACACACACAAUAAUAAGGUAACCAUCCAAGGCAGCGUUAUUUCUCAGUUUGAUUUACCAGCAAGCAACGGUAUCAUCCACGUUCUUGACAGCGUAAUGUUGGCACCAACGGGCAACAUUGUUGACUAUGUCGCUGGUCAUGCUGAAUUUUCUACCCUCUUAUCACUUGUUCAACAAGCAGGUAUUGCUGAUACACUGAAAUUGGACGGUCUUACUGUUUUUGCACCAACAAACGCUGCCUUUUCCAAAGUUCCAGCGGCCACUCUAACUGAUAUACAGAACGACGCGUCAAAACUUAUGUCGGUUCUGACAUAUCAUGUUGUUAAUGGCACUCAAUAUUCCGCAGGAUUAUGGCAGAAGGAAACAAUCCCAACUUUGAACAGGAAUGACGAUCUCGUUGUUCAUAUGGUUCAUCAUCAUGAAGACGUUAAGAUAGAUAACGGCCUCGUGACGACAGCCAAUGUUGGGACAACAAACGGAGUAAUUCACGUCGUUGACCACGUCCUUAUUCCACACAAAGAUCCAAUAGUAGGAUAAUGCAACAACAAUCAGAAGGAAACAUUACGGAUUUUUGGUAACUGACACGAAUGUUUGGUAUCGAUUAUUUUUGUAAAAUAGCCUGUUUAUUUAUAUAUUUAUUGUUGAUACUGUAAAUAAAUUGUUGU